CAAGGGUUGCACUGAGAACAGUAGGCCCACAGAUACAGGUUCUAUUGGGAAAUAAAUACAGCUCUCAUCUCAUUGUAAACGUUUUCUCAUUUGUACUUUCUUCAAAAAAGAAGAUGUUAUCGCGUUACUGUCUGUCGUGAUUAUACUACAUUGACCAUCAGGCAUUGCGACAGGAGGAAUGCUUCUUGGGUAAAAGAGGAAGACAACAAACUCAGGGAAACACGUGGCCAGCCUGUGGUUUAGUGUAAUUCAAUUCUCGGUUGGUUGAAAAUUAACGAAAUGUAUCUGUCUAAGGAUCAGACCGAAAAAACCGAAGUCACGUGCAUAAGGAAUAGAGCAGACGUUAUAUAUGACUUUAAAGUCUCCUUUUUCACUAUGGGUCAAUUGCCAAAUUUCCCAUGGAAUUUGCUUGAAAGGGAGCUCGAGAACGACAGCUCAUCAGAACUUAUUCUAGACAUUCUAAAGCAGACAUGCCUUCAUCCACUGUGUUGUAAACAUCCUCCCUCGGUAAGAUAUAGGAGACUGUUUCUGUCUCAGCUCAUCAAAAGGCAUGAAGCCAGUGGGAGGGAGCCCCUGGAUGAGCUCUAUGAUGCACUGGGGGAAGUCCUGGGGGUAGAGGAGGGGACAGAGUGCUACAAGAGCUAUUUACUGCCGUGUGGAGAAGCAGUGAGUCUAUCAGAGAGUACAGCUGUGAUCUCUGAAGGAACUACAGGCCUGGUCACAUGGGAGGCAGCUCUUUACCUCGCAGAAUGGGCUCUGGAGAACACACACCUCUUCACUGACAGGUUGGUACACUACUGUGUGUGUUCUGUCAUUGUGUUCUGUCUGGAGAACACACACCUCUUCACUGAUAGGUUGGUACACUACUGUGUGUGUUCUGUCAUUGUGUUCUGUCUGGAGAACACACACCUCUUCACUGAUAGGUUGGUACACUACUGUGUGUGUUAUGUCAUUGUGUUCUGUCUACAACUCAUGCUGUGGUUACUACUCGUAAUCUCAAGGUGUGUGUUUAUUGUGAGUGUCCUCUCCCUGUGUGUGUGUGUCCUCUCCCUGUGUGUGUCCUCUCCCUGUGUGUGUGUCCUCUCCCUGUGUGUGUGUCCUCUCCCUGUGUGUGUGUGUGAGAGUGUCCUGUCUCUGCUCUCCUACAGGACAGUCCUAGAGCUGGGCAGUGGUGUAGGGUUGACUGGUAUAGCAGUGUGUAGGUCCUGCAGUCCCUCCAGCUAUGUGUUCAGUGACUGUCACCUCAGCGUUCUACAUAGACUGAGGGACAACGUCCAGCUCAAUGGGCUGGACAACCAGAACUCUCCCAGAGUGAGUGUGGAGCAUCUGGACUGGGAGGAGGUGACAGAGAAGCAGCUGAGAGAGAUCGGAGCCGCCACGGUCAUCGCUGCAGACAUAGUUUAUGAUCCAGAUAUCAUUGGCUGUCUGGUGAAGCUUCUCUCUAAGAUCCUGAGGUGUUCGGCCAAUGGCAGCCCUCCUGAUGUCUACAUCACCUCCACCAUCAGAAACCCCGACACAUAUAACAGUUUUAAACACCAGCUAGAAAGUUCUGGAAUCCAACAUGAGGUCAUGACAGGACCAGUGACCCAUGUGUUCUUUUACAACAGACAAGCCACCAUAGAGAUGAUCAAACUCUACAUAUAAUAAUGGCAUCCUAUUCCCAUUGUAAGUGCACUACUUUUGACCAGGGUCCAUAGGGCUGUGGUCAAAAGUAGUGCACUACAUAGUGAAUUUAGGGCGCACUACUUCCGACCAGGCUCCAUAUAGGGCUGUGGUCAAAAGUAGUGCACUAGAUAGGGAAUAGGGUUCCAUUUGGGAUGCACACAAUAUAAGACCAAGCCAGAACCAGAUGUGUAUUACUGUGUAAUAAAGUCUUUAUUUACAUCAAAUAUUUA